UUGGAGCUGAGCAAUGUUUUUGAUUGGCUCCCUCUAUUCUCUAUUCGAUAAUAAGUCACUCAGGAAGCUGAGAUUUUCAGCUGACAUUUCUCGAUGCUAAUGGCUUCAGCUAUCGCUAACGCCCAAUUCACCAUCAUCAACCCUUCUUCUUCUUUCGAUUCUCACGGAUACAUUGGUCUCAGGCCCACCCAACCUUCCAAUUUGAAGCUCUCUUCUAACCGCACCACUUCAACCAACCUUCUUCGCCCUCUCCACCUCUUCGCCGUUAGAGCAAGUGAUUCCCACAACGGUAACCAUGCGGGUCCACUCCACAAGCUUGGCCUCUCCGACGCCGAAUGCGAAGCCGCCGUUGUUGCCGGUAACGUCCCGGAGGCACCUCCGGUUCCCCCUAAACCGGCUUCUCCGGUUGGAACUCCCGUCGUCCCUUCACUUCCACUUAACAGGCGUCCUCGCCGCAACCGGAGGACGCCGGCGCUGAGGGAAGCUUUUCAGGAGACGACAAUAUCGCCUGCGAAUUUCGUGUAUCCACUUUUCAUUCAUGAAGGUGAGGAGGACACUCCAAUUGGGGCUAUGCCGGGAUGCUAUAGGCUUGGAUGGAGGCAUGGACUUGUGCAAGAGGUUGCAAAGGCACGGGAUGUUGGUGUUAAUAGUGUGGUGCUUUUUCCUAAAAUUCCAGAUGCCUUGAAGUCUCCCACAGGGAAUGAAGCAUACAAUGAUAAUGGUUUAGUGCCUCGGUCAAUACGUUUGCUCAAGGAUAAGUUUCCAGACCUUGUUAUCUAUACAGAUGUUGCACUAGAUCCUUAUUCAUCAGAUGGGCAUGAUGGUAUAGUUAGAGAAGAUGGAGUUAUUAUGAAUGAUGAGACUGUUCAUCAAUUAUGCAAACAAGCUGUAUCCCAGGCCCGAGCUGGAGCAGAUGUUGUCAGUCCUAGUGAUAUGAUGGAUGGUCGGGUGGGAGCAAUGCGAGCAGCUCUUGAUGCUGAAGGCUUUCAUCAUGUUUCUAUAAUGUCCUACACAGCAAAGUAUGCAAGCUCAUUUUAUGGCCCAUUUAGAGAAGCGCUGGACUCCAACCCUCGGUUUGGAGACAAGAAAACUUAUCAGAUGAAUCCAGCAAAUUACAGAGAGGCUCUGACUGAGAUGCGAGAAGAUGAAUCUGAAGGAGCUGAUAUUCUCUUGGUGAAGCCUGGUCUUCCUUAUUUGGAUAUCAUAAGGCUUCUGAGGGAUAAUUCUCCUUUGCCAAUUGCAGCAUAUCAGGUUUCUGGUGAGUACUCAAUGAUAAAAGCUGGUGGUGCUCUGAAAAUGAUUGAUGAAGAAAAGGUUAUGAUGGAGUCACUAUUGUGCCUCCGACGGGCUGGUGCUGACAUCAUCUUGACCUAUUUUGCUCUUCAAGCUGCCAGAAGUUUAUGUGGAGAGAAGAGGUAAAAUUGUUCAAAAUAUGUAGGGGAUAGUUCAUUCUAGAAGGCGGACGGAAAGCGUAACUGUAUGCCGGUUUUUGUCUAAAUGCUUUUCAUCUCCAUUGCCAACCCGUUGUUGUAUGAUAAAGGAUCCGCUGAAGUGAAAAAUGUGGUGUGUUUUGGUACUGAAACGAACUAUAUGUCGAGAAGCUAAUGUUCCUAUCGAGUCUUCCAUUC